CUUAGAGGUUCAGCAGCCAACUGGUGCUCCAGGAUUCACUCUUCAGGACAGGGGAUGCCCUGAGUUCAGCUUCAGGAUGAGAAGAAAACGCAGAGGGAGACCCUCCCGGUGGACCUCGACAAUGUCGCUCUCGGCACGGCCCCAGCGACGCAACCUGGCUGUCAGGAUCAAUAGGAGUCAAUCAUUUGCAGGCGUCAAUUCUACCCAGGACAAAGGCUUCAGGAACUGCCCUGCAUUCAGCACUCCAACAGUCUCCAGGAAGUCAAGCUCCAGAGUCAGUAGAAUGUUUUCAAUGUCUCACAAAUCUCCUCCGCCCAAGGUGCCCCAGCCGGAGAGACUCGACGAAGUGUAUGAAGCACUUAAGAAAGGAAUAACUGCUUAUGUGGACGUGUAUCAGCUUGAGCUGGAAAAACUGAACAUCCAAAUCCGUGAGUCCAAGAGGAAUUCUCGCCUGGGCUUUCUCUACGACCUUGAUAAGCAAGUCAAGGCAAAUAAUAUGAACGGGUUCCUGGAUUCUUUGUUUUGUUUUGGAAAAAAGAUAGAUGAGCUCUAUGAGGCCUAUUGCAUCCAACGGCGGCUCCGGGACGGGGCCCAUAAUAUGGUCAAGGCCUACACUGCUGCCUCGCCCGGCAGCAAGGAAGCCCGUGAGAGUUUGGCCGAAGCCAGCAAAGGUUACAAAGAGUACACAGAGAACAUGUGCCUGUUGGAAAGUGAGCUGGAGGGUCAUCUGGGAGAGUUCCACAUCAAGAUGAAAGGGCUGGCCGGCUUCGCUAGACUCUGUGCUGGGGACCAAUAUGAGAUCUUCAUGAAGUACGGGCGCCAACGAUGGAAGCUGCGGGGUCGCAUCGAAGCAAACAACAAGCAAGUGUGGGACAGCGAGGAGAUGAUCUUCCUCCCCCUCAUCACUGAAUUCUUGUCCAUCAAGGUGACGGAGCUCAAGAGCCUGGCCAGUCACGUCGUGGUGGGGAACGUCUCUUGCGAAACCAAGGAUCUGUUUGCGGCUCUACCGCAGGUGGUGGCUGUGGACAUCAACGACCUGGGCACCAUCAAGCUGAGCCUGGAGGUGAACUGGAAUCCCUUCGACAAGGAAGACCAACCAUCGUCCGCAAACACUGUGAAUAAGACAUCCUCGGUCAACAAGAGAUUCUCCAUGUACAACCAGAGCCCGCCAGACACACCCUCAAUGCGUGAACAGGCCUUUUAUAAUAUGUUGCGGCAACAGGAGGAGCUGGAGAAUGGGGCGGCCUGGUCCAUAUCUUCAGAGUCGUCCGAUGAUUCUUCCAGCCCGCAACUGUCUGGAAGCGUCCGCCACAUUCCUCCCCGACCUGUCGUUCAACCUGCUGUGCAGGUUGCUGCACCAGCCAUAGAAAUUGCCUUUACACAGCCUGAGGACAAAGACCCGCCUGCUGUGCAGGAGGAGGUGGCGAUGGUAGCCAAUGGCCACGUCCCCUAUGCCCGGACUCUUAGCCAGAUCAGCGAGGCCAGUGUGGACCUGCCAGUUUCACAGGACAGAGAAUGUGCUGUCCAUCAAGAGAGAAGUCCCGGGGACUUGCCUACCCUGGAAAUGAACUCUUUGGCCCAAGGUGCAGUCUCCAUGCUGGACACCCGGAUCAAUGAGUGUGAAGAGGAGGAGGCCGAGCUUGCUGGGGCCACCAUCGUGGUAACGGAGAAAAGUGAGGAUGCUGUUGGCCAGAGCCAGGAGGCCCCAGAGCCUAAAGCCUCACUGCCUGAGCCCAAGCCUGAUUCCGUGGAUCUGCAUCCAGCGGCGGUCUUGGAGGUGCCGAGAUCCAAACCUGUAGACUGUGGACUCGAGGAGGCUAUCAGUUGUCUGGCCUCUGCUCUGGAUGACUACCGGGGGCAGUUCCCGGAGCUACAAUCCCUUGAGCAAGAGCUCAAACAUCUGGAAGAGAUUCUCUUGCAAAAGCAAGGGGUAUGCCUGAGUCGGUCUUCCAGCACCAGCCUGACAGUGGAGCACGCACUGGAAAGCUUCAACUUCCUCAAUGCUGCUGAGACGGAUGAUUCGGAGGGAGAUGAAGAAGGGAGACCCAGCAGCGUGCAGCCUCUGAGCAGGGUACCAGGGUCUGGCGAAGCCGUCGGUGAAGAAACAGCAGGGUGCUUUCCCUCAGAGGGCAGUUCAGAACCCAUGAGCACCGGCAGUGAAUUCCUUGACAGGGCGCUGGUUCUGCAUUUGAAUUACUGCAACGGCUUGCUGCUGAAACUCGGCAAUUUUGGACCACUGCGCUGCCAGGAAAUGUACGCGCUCGACAGGCUAGCUAGGGAAGCUCAAGUCCUGGAGACGGUAUGCCGCCUGGCAGAGGAACAGUCAGGGACAGCCGGUUCUGCCACAGAAGUGGUUCAGUUCUCCACACAGAAGGAGGGCAUUUUGCCCUUCUGGGACAGCUGCGUGGUCAUCCCUAAUGUAUUCACCUGCUCAGUAGAGAGAUUCCUAAAGACACUGAGUUCCCAGUAUGCAGGGCGAAUCAAUGAACGGCAGCAAGGCCUGGCAGAUUCAGUGUGUGUGAAGUUGGUGGAGGAGCUUCUGCAACGCAGGCUGCCCAGGCGCCAGGGGGGCUGCCAAGCAGAGCAGGUGACUAUCUUCCAGUACUGGAUCCAUUUUGAGGCUCUGCCUCCAUCAACACUGGACUCCUAUGUCUUGGAGUUGGCAGAGGAAGUGCUGCUGGCUCAGAACCUGAACUCCGAUGACCAAGACAUUGUCCUGAAGGCUCUAAAGCGCAUGCCCGAGAGCCGGCUCCGUAAGGACGGUCUGAAGGCAUUGAGCCUCCUCCUCGUGGAAGGAAACAGCAAAGUUGUGGGGGCAGUGUCAGCACAGCUACGCACACUGUCGGAGAACCCUGGCUUCCGAGAGAGGGCCCUGGUGAGUUACCUUGAACAGUUGGAGGAUGAGGAAGUGCAAACGCGAAUUGCUGCUUGUGCGGCUUUGGGUUGCCUUAAGGCCAAGGAGAGUAUUGAGCAGCUGGUGUACGUGUGCCAAACUGAUAAGGAGGCCGUACGGGAGGCAGCCAAACAGAGCCUGAUGCUGUGUGGGGAAGAUGGAAAAUCAGCACACCGACGGCUAGAGGAGUCCUUCGAUAGUUUGCCACGGAUCUUCGCCCCAGGCAGCAUGGCCAGCACCGCAUUCUGAAAGGAUGCUGUGCUCGACUACCUGCAGAUAUGCUUGGGACCCAGAACCUUGCAUGCCAUAACAUCAAUCAUGUCACUUAGGUUCAGUCAGAGCCAAGUCGGCAUGCCACCAGCUGGGUAGUUCCUUGCCCAUCCAGCAUGCCUACAAAGCAGUAUUAGCACUGCCCUGCACACUGCCUUCUGUGGAGGAUGCCUUUCAGGUAACCCCCCUCCACUAGCCGCUGCACUCACAGAAUUGACUCGAGAACAGGGUGGCUGAAACACUCCCCUGUGACUUGGUUGGGAGGACCAAGAAUGUGGGCGCUCUGUUGUUAAUCGGUGGUCCAAUGCCACUUUUCUGAAACUGGGCCUUGACAGAUGUGUCAGAAUGUCCUUGGUCACAAAUGCCGCCGGGAUCCAGCUUGAGAGAAGCCUAUAAAAAGCUGUUGUUUGUACGUUACCUCUGUUGUCUCCUCUUGAAGAUAUUGUGCUCCCCUUUAGACAGUGAUUGUCCUGGAAUUUGUGGGGGGGGGGGGGGGGCAUAUUCUGCUAUUGAUGGCUUACCUCCCUGAAUACAAGUUCCUCUGCUCUGAAGAGGGCGGGGAGAGCAUAAGAUUAUAGGAGGGGCUCUCUGCAUCCCUGAGAGGAGAGGGAAGGGAAAGGUUGUUUUUAAUUAAUGGUGCCAUGGAAAACCAGACAACGUGGAUGGGUUGAGUCUGCCUCCUUUUUGGCUAUUUUAUUAUUUUUAUUUACACUUUGGGUGUGUGUGCAAACAAAUGAACACAAAAAGUCCCUUUUCUAUUAAAAAAACCCCUCUAUAAAUUAAUCUAUAUAUCUACACAGAUAUAUAAAUAUAUUAUAUAUGUAUGUAUGUAUGUAAUGUAAUUACUGAGAGUUCUUGGCUAAUUUUUUUGAUUUUAAGCCUGAAAUAAAAAGAAGUUUGAAAAAG